UGUCCAAACUUAGAGAGAAAUCUCUUAAGUGACAUUUCGCGACCAGAAUGGCUGCUUCUACAACUGAUGGCCCCGAACAAGAUUCGUCUGUGUGCUGUAACCAAAAAGAGACCGUAAACAACGACGAAAAGACAGAGGGCCUGCGUGCCUCGGAUCAGGAACCGGGUGAUAGCGAGACAGUAAAGAUGGACGUGAGCAGCGAACACGAAGCGGUGGGGAACGAUAAUAGACCACUCUCUAUUCCCGAAGUUGACAAAGAAACUCCAUUCACUGACGAAGCAACAAAAGAAGACAAUGGACUAGUAGAUGAAAUGGAUUUGAAGCCCGUUGAAUCCGAAAAAAGCCCAGAACAGAAAAGCCCAGAUAGUGGCGACUUCCCAGGAGACGGGACGCCAGAGCUCAGAGAAGAACAAAGAGAGAACGUGUCCUCUCUAAGCAAGAGCUCAAAGAGUAAAGGUGACGAUUUCUCGGAUAAAACAGAUAAUGGCAUCAAAAAACGGACCAGUGUAGAAAUGUCAUCUUCCGAUGGCGAACCUCUUAGUCGGAUGGACUCAGAGGACAGUAUUAACAGCACUCUGAUGGACAUGGAGAGUGCUGCGUCCAGUGGCCGUUCCACACCUGCCAUGAUGAAUGGACAGGGAGGAGCGUCCUCCUCUUCGGCUAAGGCCUCCUCAUAUGCGUGCUGCUGGGACCAGUGUCACCAGAUCUUCAGCACCAGCCCAGACCUGGCAGAACACAUCCGCGGGGUCCACGUAGAUGGGCAGAGAGGGGGGGUGUUUGUUUGUCUAUGGAAGGGCUGUAAAGUGUAUAACACGCCCUCCACCAGUCAGAGUUGGCUACAGAGACACAUGCUAUCACACAGUGGAGACAAACCCUUCAAGUGUGUGGUGGGUGGCUGCAAUGCCACCUUUGCUUCCCAGGGUGGGCUGGCACGCCACGUACCGACCCAUUUCAGUCAGCAGAACUCCAGUAAGAUGUCCAGUCAGGCCAGACUAAAGGAGGAGUCUCCAUCCAAGGCAGGCCUCAACAAGAAACGGAAACAGAGGAUCAAACGUCGAAGGUCCUUACCACGUCCACAUGACUUUUUUGACGCCCAGACCAUGGAUGCCAUCCGCCACCGUGCCAUCUGUCUUAAUUUGGCAACCCACAUUGAGAGUCAGGGCAAAGGCCACAGCGUGGUCUUCCACAGUACGGUCAUAGCCAGGCGGAAGGAGGAUUCUGGGAAGGUGAAGGUGCUUCUCCAUUGGACGCCAGAGGACAUACUUCCGGACGCCUGGGUGAGUGAGAGUGAUCGACCACAGAUGAAGACUAAAGUGGUGCACCUCUCUCAGCUGCCUCAGGACACGGCCGUGUUACUGGACCCCAACAUCUACCGGAUGUUUUUCUAGAAGUGAGGAGGUUUGUCUCUCCAGCUGCUGGCACAUCCAGAAUGAAGUGGAUAAGAGAGAACUGAACAGACAGGAGAGAUCUUUUUCCCCACUUGUUCUUCUCUCCUUCAUGCCUGAAGUCAUCCAAAAUUAUAAUGUGUUUUCUUCCCAUAAACCUUGAAAAUGAUGAAUUUUGUUGGGGACUGAAGUUUUUGAACAGUGUAUGUCAAUGAAGAGUCUUUUACAUGUUUCUGGUAUUACAGCUGGAUUGGAAACGAAUGUUUUUUUUCCCUUUGUGCUCAGUUGUAAUGAUGAGCUAGCAGAAGUCUUGUAGAUUCAUUUAUAUAGCAGCUGUUUUUGUAAAUAUUCUUGGAGAUUUGUAAUAUAUUUUUAUACCAUG